AUGGCAACUCAUAUGAAUGCAGGGCAAGCAUCGCAGGAGCCUCAUACCAGGCGCACUAACCUUGUAACGAAUGCACGAUCUCCGCCAACCUCCCAGGCAUCCUCUGGUUCUCUGAGUUGCCAUAAAUCACAACUUCGGCCCAAUGCAGCUGGUGAUCUCGACAUCAUCAGUCCUCACAACGCGAUGACCCGCUCGACCUCGUUAUCGAAUAAGUCAAGCCAGGAAGACACUGACAGACUUUAUCUAGUGGAGCCUGACGUAUCCUCCGUGGACCAAGACGAGAACAUUGAUGGGCUAGUAACAGAAAAUGCACUUGACAAAGUCCACCCGAGCGCGCCGAAGCGCAUGGCAAAUGGAGAAGUCAAGCCUUCAGAAUCCAGUCUACCGGCUAGUCCAGUCGAGUCAAGCCAGUAUGGGCAUUCAAGAAAUAGCAGUGGGACGUCCCGAAAUUCACAGAUUGGCGAGUUGUCGAAUCAAUUACGAACCCGUUUGUCGUAUGCCAUGGUCAAAGUGCAGAAUGGCUGGCAAUCACAUAAUAUCAGCGAGCUCGAGAGUAUGACAUCAAAUCAAGCUUCACCCGUUUCUACAGUCUCUAAUGCGCACCGGUUGUACGAUCGUCAUCUUCCAGCCUAUUUUCCUGCAGAUGCACCGACAUCCAUACAGCUUUCCGAGCGGGCUGCAGCAACUCCAGAUUAUGCGCAUCCCUCGCCCCGAGACAGCGCAACCACUGCUGAACAUAUUUCUAAACAUCGACAGCAUGGAACGUUUGACUCCACUUCGCGCCCAAGCAAAGUUGGCGCUGCCUACGAGUCCUUCUGGCGGGACCACGAAGCAAGUGGUGCCUCACGACCCGUUGAGGCACCUACCGUUGGCCCUUCGUUGGCCCCAUCGGCAAAUAUCGUUGUCCGCACGCCACGGCGCUCAGACGCAAAGAAGAAGCAGCCUCCACCGCUUCGUACGGACAAUCUUGGUACUAACUCAGCGCCUAUAACCCCCCCACCAAAAGGACAGUCCAAGAUUCGAACCCCAAGCCAGCAAGCCGAAGUCGAAAAGGACGCUGUAGAGACCUUGCUAUUUAUGUCGAGUCCGGGGAAUUCUGGUUACCACCCGCCUGGAGCCUUUGCUCGGACCCCACUGCGGAAUCAUUUCGAACGCCAGGCCGAUCAGACAGAUAGCCUGGGCUUUUCUAUGCCCGAUUCAGCUCGUGGUCCUCGUGAACAGCCUAGGCUAUCCUAUUCCCCACAUCUGCGAAGUCCUCCCCGAAAGAGACGACUGUCUAACGCGGAAAUGGACAAGAUACUUGACGAAAUGCCCGAUACGAGUAGCAGCGAUGAUGGCGAACUACAGGGCACACGUCCACCGCCACAAACAGUUGGAGCGUAG